AUGCGAGUUAUAAAAUUCUUUGUGGUCGGUGAAAGUGGCAUUGGCAAGUCCUUGCUAGUGGACACAUAUCUAUGGAAACUACAUUUCGGCUAUGCCUACCACGAUCACCAAAUACAUGGUCGACGUUAUCACAUACAACUCAAGGAGAUCUCACAAAUAGAUGAUUUGGAUGAAGCCAUAAUAUCGAGCAGAGCCGGUGCUGAAGUACGCAUAUAUUUCAAUUGUUUCAAUGUGUCAAUUUAUCAAACAUUUCAAAUGGCAUGUGACAAAUGGUUAAAGAAUAUCCUUGACAAGGAUCCAGGCUGUAAUAUAUACCUGCUGGGCUUACUACCUGAUUUAAAAAGUCGUAAACUAUUUAAUUGGAGGAAGAAUGUGAAUCGAAAUGAUUGCCUAAAUCUCUGUAGUAACUAUGACAAGUUACAUUAUAUGAAAUGUUCCUGCUUAAGAGUGCAAAGUGUUCGGGAAGUCUUUGAUUUUGCUUUGAGAAGUGUUUUGUACAAUUAA